CAAUGCAGUGGGGAAAGUCCAAAAAGAAGGUGAAUUCAAGACCGAAAGAGAAGAUAUGAAAGACCAAGAAAUGACCCAAGAAGGCAAAAGAUAAAGAGUUAAUCAAAAUCACUGAGAACAUCGAGGUUCCUGAAGAUGAUCUCGAUGAUAGCUUCAGAGUCUUCUGCCAAAAUGAUCAUAAGGACAAAUUAGGUUUUCAGGAGUUCCAUGUCAAAUUUUCCAGAGAUUCAUAUGGACAUAGUAAGAUAUUGCGAGAGCCUGUCUCUCCGUAUCAAUCGCACAACAUAUUUAUGACACCAAGCUGUAAGGAGCGGACUGGGAAUAGUAUCUUUGAGUCUCAGCUAGCGACCCCCAAAGAUCAAAAUGUAAAUGCAGAGACUGAGAUGUCAAAACUAAUUCCUGGGAAAAUUUGGAAUACUAGACUUAAGAAUUAUCAAAGCUCCUCAGAUCUAAAACAGAGGUUAACUCCAAGGAAAUCUUGGGGGUUAGAACUAGCUCAAAAGCCAGAGAAUUUUGAGAAAACCGAUCAGCUUUUUCAAGAAAACAACAUCCAUAAAAGCUACACUUCUCGAGACCACCAUAAGGAAAGUGAGACUCAGUUAUUAAGGAGCACAAGCAUGCAGAUUGCCCCAGAAAAAGAAGAGAUUAACCUCCGUAAGAAUAUUCAUGCUGGUUCAUUUAAGGAACCAGAUCAAGGAUGUUUUGAAGUAACUGAUCUGAAAAUUACCAAAAAUAUGAAGAACAAGAUCCACAAAAGAACUAUGGCUGCCAUUAAGCAAGCUACUCAAGGUGAACAAAGACGUAAACAGAAGGAAUUCAAAGAGUUUACCCUCACUCCAAAGACAUGUGGUAGAAAGCAAGGCAAGAAAAAUAGCAAAUCUAGUGAGAAAUUCACUAAUUUUGAGCAAAAUAAUCCUAGAAAGAACAAGAAAGUGAGAAGAGUUUCCCAAGAGAAUAUAAAAGCAGAAAGACAGAUUAACUCAAUUAAGAGCUCCAAAAAAUCAAACAGGCUUGGUAAGAAAGAGAAGCAAAGUUCGCGUGUCUCCUUUGGAGUAGCUCCUCAGAUGAAUAUCCGUUUGAAUAGUAAGAAGAACUUGGAUUCCAAUAUUCCUUCAGCUAAUUCUCACUUGAAUAUUAUGCCGCAUAAUAAGUCCGGUGUGAAGGACCAUCUUAAUAACUUAGAUAUUUCUCCUGAAGAGUUUACCAUAACUGAGCUAGAAAAUCCUCGAGUAGACAUGGUGGCCAGGAGUAGUUCUAUGGCACUCACUUCGAUGGAAGAUAAUCUCGCCAGUUAUCCUUCUGAGUCCGCAGAUGAUUCCCAUAAGAAAGCAGAGGAGGUUCCUUCAAAGAAGUUAAGUGAGAAAAAUUGAGUGCUAAAUUCUGUUAGGAGAAAACUUAACGAUUACUACAACAAAAAGGUCACAUCAAGAACAACUAACGAAUCUUAAAUGCUUUCAAAGAAGUUAUAGAAGCACAUAAUGAGCAAGAUAAGACAGAAAUCACAGAGAUGAGGAAAGCUGUAGAGAAUAAUCUUUCUAUGAAUAGAAAUAAAGAAAAUAAAGAAAUAUCCUCUAUUGCCAUCUCUAAUGGGAUAAGAGACACAUCUGAUUUCAACUCUGAAGAGGAUUAUCUUCUUCAUGCGAAUAUCUUCUCUGGAAAGAAGCCAAGUUUAGGAGCUGAUAGUGAUCCUUCUCCUCGUGAAAAGUCUCCGAAGCUAACUGAAACUAACAAAGACCUAAGAUUACCUCUAUGCUCGAUUGCGAAUAACCUGAAGGCUCAGACUCACAGAGAGAAAAGACCACUGAACACUUCAUUGAGCUUGUUGAACAAAUAUCUGUAUAAAUCUUAGUUGUAAUUAUAUGUCUUGCGA